UAAGGCUUACUGGAAAUGGAACAUUUGGGGUUAGUUGGUGUUAUAUAAACUCAGGCAGGGGUGGGUAGAUGUGGCACAAAAAAAAUUGGUCAGUGUUUUUGCUAUAAGACCGACCUGAGAGACAGCGAGGCAUCAGAGCCAUGAUGAAGACUUUGUGUGUUGCUGUUGUUGUGCUGAGUCUCACCUCAGUGUGCCAGCCUGCGCCGCUGGUCUGUGAAAAGCUGCAGAAGCCAGUGGACAAAGCUCCAGACUUUUCUGGGAGUUGGUAUCUUAUUGCCAUGACCUCGGAUACCUGUUUGGUUGCAACAUUGCUGAAUUAUGUGUUUUGGCCAAGUAUUUCACUAAAUAUUACCUCCAAGAACACACCCAAUGUCUAUGAGGGCAACUAUAGGAUUAAAAUGUAUGGCUAUUGUGAUACUGACUCAGAAGAUUUUUUGCUUGAGAACAACAAGAUUUUUGAUGUCGACAUCAACAAUGCCCCAGUUGGUGAACCAGACGUGGUGCUGCAGAGUGGCUGUUCUGACUGCUUCGUUGUAAAGAGAGUGGACAAGGACAUCAACAUUCUCUUGCUCUUCAGUAGGAGGCAGAAUGUCUCUGCUGCUGAGCUGAAGGAGUUUGAGAAACAGGCAGAGUGCCUCGGCUGGGCCAAACCGGAGGUCCUAAACACAGAUCACGAUAUUGAAAACUGCCUGUCACUGGACGAUGACGACGUUGAAAAUUCUGAAUUAUUAUCCUUGAUUUUUCAAAGGCUGCACAACAAGUAUACAGGGCCCCUCGAGUGUCUUUCAGAGAGCAUUCAAAAAUACUUUGAGUGGGUUCAGCAACAGUGGGCUACUUUCUGGUGAAUGUGCUAGGGCACUGCUAUAAUAAAUAUUCACUCACACAAUC